AUGGUGCCUCGAUGGAUCGAGAAACUAAAGAAGGCUUUAGAAGUUCUAGGGUGCACGGAUGAAGAAAAAGUGACCCUCGCGGUUUACCAACUAGAAGGUACCGCCGAUGAUUGGUGGAAGGCCACCGGAGGAGGAGUUUUUCUUGAGGGCACCGCCCUUAACAGGACCGCCUUCACCGAGGCGUUUAAUGGAAAAUACUCCUCGGAAACCGCUCAAGAACGGAAGCCGAUAGAGUUGCAACAGCUUCGCCGGAACCAACCGACGAUCGACCAGUAUGAAGCGGAGUUUACGAAACUGUCAAGGUACGCGUCGAGAAUGGUGGAGAAUCCGAUAGAUAAAGCACAAAGGUUUCGAGAUGGACUGAGGCCUAACCUUCGUAGCCAAAUGAUAGCACUAAACUUGAGGACCUACAACAAAAUGUAUGAACGAGGUCAAAUGAUCAAAAGGGACAUGAAAGAUAGGGCUGCCUCAUCUGGAUCUCCUAUUAUGGACAAUCGACAAUUUGGCAAUAGGCCAAUGGAAAAUAACAAGCGCUUUGUCCCUCCAAUCGGGAAGAAUAUUGGGAAGCCUGUUCAUCGCUCCAACUGGAACUGUCGCCUGUGCGGGAGAAAGCAUGGAAAUGGACCUUGCCCAAAUAGGACGGGUGUAUGCUUCAAGUGUGGCCAGGUGGGCCAUCAAAUGAGAACCCGCCCGAGUCAAGCUUCGAGACCACGGUUUCAAGGACAACGACCCCAAUAUGGACUGCCAGCAAGAGCUGCUCCGUCGAAUAACCAAAAUAGGCCGCCAGCUCAAGGACGAGUCUAUGCUGUGGCGCGUAAGGAGGCGGAAAAUGCGCCCGGCGUGGUUACUGGUACGGUUACAUUAUGCGAUCAUGCUACCUAUGCAUUGUUUAACCCCGAAGUAUCGUAUUCAUUUGUGUUUGCACGGUUCGCCGAAUUGGCUAAGAUGAAAUUGGAACCGUUGGGUGUAGUAUUGCAUGUUACCACCCCAUUAAAGGAUAAAGUAUUGGUUUCACUAGGAUGCUCGGAUUGUAAGAUAGUAAUUGGUGGUAGUGAAGAAAUAAUAGACCUAGCUGUGUUGACCAUGUAUGACUUUGACGUUAUUAUUGGGAUGGAUUGGUUGGGUAGGCAAGGGACUGUUAUGGAUUGUGGGAACGGGGUGAUCGGGUUUCACUCGACCGAUUUCCCUAGAUUCAAAUUUGUAGGAAGUCCGGGAGGGACCUCGAUCCCUUUAAUCUCGUCAUUGGAGGCGACUAAGUUGUUAGACGAGGGGUGCCAAGCCUAUCUGGCUGUAGUAGCGGACUCAACAAUCGAGGAACCAAAGUUGGAAGACUUAGUUGUGGUGCGCGAGUUUCCGGACGUCUUUCCUAAGGAGUUACCGGGAUCGCCACCUGAGAGAGAGAUAGAGUUCAUGAUCGAACUAGCUCCUGGGACCGAGCCAAUCUCGAAAGCACCCUAUAGGAUGUCCUUGUUGGAGUUAAAGGAAUUAAAGUUGAAUCAAGCCACUGUCAAGAAUAAGUACCCGUUACCAAGGAUAUACGACUUGUUUGAUCAGCUGCAAGGAGCAUCCGUGUUCUCCAAACUAGACAUAAGGACGGGUUACCACCAGUUGAGGAUUAAGAAGGAGGACAUACCGAAGUCGGCUUUCCGGACAAGAUAUGGGCACUACGAGUUUAUGGCCAUGCCAUUUGGAUUGACUAAUGCCCCAGCCGCCUUCAUGGAUUUAAUGCAUUGA